AUGAAAGACUUCACUGAAAUCACGCUUUGUCCCGAGACUCUGGACCACAGCAAGACCGAGUUCUGCAACCCCGUCUUUGAGGGUGAGGAGCCCCAGGCAGCGCCAAGCGCCGAGUGUCAGCCAAAGGAGGACAGGACCAGCCCCGCAUCACUCCGGGAUGGCCUCGGCCGGCAGCUCUGGCACCAGGCAGGCUGGCGGUACCACCCCGACUGCAAGUUCAUCUGGUUCUGCGUGGCUCUGAUGAGCUCUGUCCUCAUCUUCCUAAUCGCCCUCCUGCUGGGCAUCAUCAUCCAUCCCUGCGGUGGGACCCUGCGGGGCCCUGAGGGCUCCUUCAGCUCUCCCAACUACCCCAGCCCCUACCCGCCCAAUGCUCUCUGCAUCUGGCGCAUUGAGGUGGGCCCCGGACUCGCCAUUCAGCUGAAGAUGGAAACGUUCAGUGUGGAGGGCACUGCCUCCUGCCUCUUCGACCGGGUGGAGCUCUAUGAGGAGCAGGGGGCUGGCAGCACGGAUCCUGCCCCAGUUCCGGGGGGCCCGACCAGGUUUUGCGGCAAUGUGGCCCCCCCGACCUUCAACUCUAACUCCAACCUUCUGCGUGUCACCUUCGUCUCCGACAGCAGCGUGGGUGCCCCAGGCUUCAGUGCCCGCUACCACGCUGUGGCCCACAGUGAGAAGAGCUGUGCCUGGGACGAGCACUUGUGCGACCAGGGGCUCUGCCUCCACCUGGGCUUCAUCUGCGACGGCUUCCACGACUGCUUGGACAAGAGCGACGAGGCCAACUGCAGCCUGAAACACAAAGACUGUGGGGGGCUGCUGACCACCUUGGAGGGGCACUUCCCCCCCCCGAGCCAUCCCCAGCCAUACCCACACCAGCAGCUGUGCCUCUGGCAGAUCUCAGUGCCCGUGGGCCACGUCAUCGACCUGCACUUCCACAACUUCAGCCUGGAGUCACAUGAAGACUGCAGCUUUGACUUCGUGGAGGUGCACGACAGCACAGGCACAGGGGCUGCCAGCCUCAUGGGCAGGUUCUGCGGCCACCAGCUGCCACCCACCCUGACCUCCUCACGCCAUGUCAUGACCAUUCUAUUCGUGGCAGACGAGGGAGUAGCAGACGAUGGGUUCUUCGCCACCUACCAAGCCCGCAAUGCCACAGAGAAGACCUGCAGCCCCACGGAGUUCUCCUGCGGAAAUGGUGAGUGCCGGGCACUGGAGUCCGUGUGUGAUGGCUGGCAUGACUGCCCCGAUGGCACUGAUGAGCUGAACUGCACCGGGGUCUCCUACCCGGCCUUUGGAUCUGUCUGCGAGCCCGUGGACGUGGAGAUGUGCCUGGGGCUGGGCUACAACGCCACCUCCUUCCCCAACAUCUGGCUGGCCAUCCCGGACCAGGAGGGAGCCGCCGAGGUGCUGCAGGACUACCAAACACUGAUGGAGCUCGCCUGCUACCAGCACCUCCGCCUCCUCAUCUGCAGCCUCUUCGUGCCCAAGUGCACCCUGGACGGGGGCGUCCUGCAGCCCUGCCGAGCCGUGUGCCUGGCUGCCGAGCUGCGGUGCCAGCAGUCCCUCGGCUUCCUCGGAAUCCUGUGGCCCAUCAACUGCAACAUCCUGCCCGACUCCAGUGACCCCGUAGAAUGCUUCCAGCCCUGA